AUGGCAUCUAACUUCGACGCGCAGGCUUCGACCAACUACAAGGAGGCCUUCUCCCUCUUCGACAAGCGAGGUAAUGGCCGUGUCGCGCUCGAUAGCCUGGGAGACCUGCUUCGCGCCUGUGGCCAGAACCCGACGCUGGCCGAAAUUCGCGACCUCGAGAAAAGCGUCGGUGGCGACUUCGACUUCGAGACCUUCCAGCGCAUCCUCAACCGGCCAGGCGGCUUCCGCGACCCGGGCGAUCCGGAGGAGUACUGCCGCGGCUUCCAGGUGUUCGACAAGGACAUGACAGGCUUCAUCGGAGUCGGGCAGCUCAAGUAUAUCCUGACGAACCUGGGCGAGAAGAUGACAGACGAGGAGGUGGACGAGCUGCUAAAGGCCGUCGACACCACCACUGGGCAGGUCAACUACACAGGCCCCGAAUACCUGAGGUCUCGUGCCGUCCUCCGAGGCACAGCUCUCCUCACCCCGUCCGUCCCAUCAGAUCGCAGUUUCUGCUCAACAUCGUUCACCGUGGCGCCCGCAACUGUCUCUCGGAUUCGGCAGGGCACCCUCCUGUUGAUAUUUUCAAUUGUCCUCUUCUCCACCAUUACGCUCAUUCUGGCUACCCCACGUAUUGUGCCCCGCCUCACCGCCAUCUUCAGCCAGCUCAAGCACGGUGGGCCCAAGAGACCCUUCGGAGGAUUCGGCACCACCACCGGCCCUGCGCUCGCAACCCUCACCUUCUCCAGCCCAGCUUCCUUCCUGACCCACCCGUCAAACAUCAGCAUGGUCAAGUACGCCAACCCGCCCCAAGCGCCGCCCUUGUUCACGGGCACCAAGGACAGCAUCGUGGCCGACGCCAAGGCUCUUUGCGACACGACCAAGUCCCUGCUGGACAAGCUUGUGGCCGAUAUCGACCCCGCCGCGAACCCCGAGGCGGCCACGUUCGAUUCUGUCAUCUGGCCGCAGACCCAGGACGAGAAUUCCGGGGCUCUGAACGCCCGUAUCCUCGGCUUCUACCAGUAUGUGAGCGCCAACAUCGAGCUGCGAGAUGCCAGCACCGAGGCCGAGAAGAUCAUGGACCAGUUCGGCAUCGAUUGCAGCAUGCGCGAGGAUGUCUUCCGCCUGGUCGAUGCCGUCUAUCAGAAGAGCGGGCUCGCGGCCAGCAAGGAGCAGGACAAGGAGCGCCUCAUUGACGAGGCGCUGGCCAAGAGCGUAGGCCUCAGCAACACGGAGAAUGCGCUGCUGUUGGAGAAGGAGAGAAUGAACUACAUCAGGAAUGGCCUAGGUCUGCCAGCAGGCGAGAAACGUGACCGCUUCAAGGCCAUCAAGAAGCGGCUGAGCGAGCUCUCAACCGAUUUCCAGAAGAACUUGAACGAGGAGAAGGGGGGCAUCUGGUUCACCAAGGAAGAUCUCGACGGGGUCCCGGAAGAUGUCCUCGACACCCUGGAAAAGGGCACCGACAAGAACGAAGGCAAGCUGCGGCUGACCUUCAAGUACCCGGAUCUCUUCCCUACCCUCAAGUUCGCCAAGAAUCCAGAGACGAGGGAGAAGCUGUUUGUCGACAACGAAAACAAGUGCAACCAAAACGCUCCUCUGUUCAAGGAGGCUGUCCUUUUGCGCGACGAGGGAGCCCGUCUUCUCGGGUACCCCGACCAUGCGUCGUAUCGCAUUGAAGACAAGAUGGCCAAGACCCCCAAGACAGUGCUGGACUUUCUGGGAGACCUGAAGUCCCGGUUGCUGGCUGGAGGAGCCAAAGAAGUUGACCACCUCUUGGGUCUCAAGAAGAAGGACUACGAGUCCCGCAAGCUUGAUUUUGACGGCAACUAUUACCUCUGGGACCAUCGAUUCUACGAUCGUUUGAUGGUGGAGCAGGAGUACAGCAUCGACGAGAACGCCAUUGCUAAUUACUUCCCCAUCACGUCUACGGUGGCUGGCAUGCUGCGGAUCUUUGAAGAGCUGUUUGGCCUCGUGUUUGUGGAGUUGGACGCCGAGGACCGCAAGCGCAUUUCCCCUACUGGAAAGGCUGAGGAUAUUUCAUGGCACGAGGACGUCAUCAUCUUCAGCGUGUGGGACGACGCUACGGAAGGCGAGGGCUUCGUCGGCUACCUGUAUCUCGAUCUGCACCCGAGGCCGGGCAAGUAUGGGCAUGCAGCCAACUUCAACUUGCAGCCGGGCUUUUUGAAGCCCGAUGGUACGAGACGCUACCCGGCAACCGCGCUCGUCUGCAACUUUAGCAAGCCGACGCCCAAGAAGCCCUCUCUGCUCAAACACGACGAGGUGGUUACUCUUUUCCACGAGUUGGGUCACGGAAUCCAUGACUUGGCAGGCCGCACUCGUUAUGCUAGGUUCCAUGGAACUUCGACUGCGCGAGACUUUGUUGAAGCUCCGAGUCAGAUGCUGGAGAACUGGUGUUGGACGCCAGGCCCGCUCAAGAGCCUGAGCCGCCACUAUGAGACAGGCGAGAAAAUUCCCGAUGACCUUAUCAAGAAGCUUCUAGCUACCAAGCACGUCAAUGACGCCCUCUUCAACCUGAGACAGCUGCACUUCGGCCUCUUCGACAUGACGGUCCACACCCCGAAGACACACGCCGACCUGGAGGCGAUGGAUGUGAGCAAGGUGUACAACGAGCUCCGGGUCGAGAUUGCCGGCAUCAAGGGCCCCGAAGCCCGGGGCAAGCCGAGCACCUGGGGCAAUGGGCAAGCGACCUUUGGUCACUUGAUUGGCGGAUACGAUGCCGGAUACUAUGGCUAUCUCUCCUCUGAAGUGUACUCGACCGACAUGUUCUACUCCGUGUUCAAGGAAGACCCCAUGAACAAGGCCCAAGGCCGGCGGUAUCGUCACACAGUGCUCGAGAGAGGUGGUUCGCAGGACGAGAUGCUCACGCUGGAGCAGUUCCUGGGCCGCAAGCCGAGCUCUGAGGCCUUCUACAAGGAGCUUGGCAUUGAGAACUAG